AUGAAGAGCGACAGAUCCAUCAGUUUCACUUUACGAAAUGGCUUGACCAUGGAACUCCGGACGAGAUGGAGCUCGUCCUCUUCGUCCGUCGUGUGACGACAUACAGAACACACCUGACGGGACAGAUGAUUGUACACUGCAGUGCUGGCAUUGGGAGGACUGGUACUUUUAUCGGUUUAAAUGCGCUGCUUUCUCGUGGCAAGAAAACAGGAAAGGUUGACAUCCCCAGGUACAUUGGAACCAUGAGGAAUGGCAGAAUGAACAUGAUCCAGACAUGCGAACAGUACAUCGCCUUGCACGAAUUACUUGUAGAAGGAUUCAAUUUACAAGAAUCACUCAUUUUUCGAGUGAAUUUCCCUGCUGUUCUGGCAACAAUGUGUCCUACGAAUACACCAGCGAAUCAGACAAAGAUUCAUCAGGAAUUUAAGGCGUUAACAGCACUUACUCCAACCUACUCGCCGAGUUGCUUUAAGGCUGCAUUACUGGCAGAAAAUUUAGAAAAGAACCGGAAUAAUGACAUCCUAGCAGCGGACAAGUUCAGACCCUUUCUCCAGUCACAAUUACCGAACGUAACAGAUUACAUCAAUGCUGUAAUGAUUCAGUCACACACUUCGAUGACGGGAUAUCUGAUGACACAGUUUCCUCUAAUGGACACCAUCGAUGACUUCUGGACAAUGGUGUUUGACUACAGCUGUGAAAACAUCGUCGUGCUCGGAAAACCAACAGAAAAAGAGGAUUGGCUUCUAGAGAAGGGCGGAGACUUUGCUGCAGGAAAUGCCAUUUCAGUAACAAAAAUGCAGGAUCGAUCUCCAGACACCGAGUUGGAUAUUGUAGACUACCAAGUUGAAAGGGAGCGAUCCGGCAAUGAGAGUGAGACUAUCAGGAUCUUCAGCCUGUCCCAGUGGUCAUCGGACUCUUUACUGCCUUCAUCUGACUCGUCUCUUCUCCAACUUUUGGAACAGCUAGACAGUCGGCGACGUUCAGACAACACAAGACCUGUUGUUGUCAUGUGUCGGGACGGUUGUACACAAAGUGGACUGUUCUGUUGCAUAUCAAAUAUCAGAGAUCAAAUGAAGAUGGACGAGGAGGUGGACAUAUUCCAAACAGCAAGGCGGUUAAAAAAGCGACGACCAGAGGCGCUAGAAAAUGUUAAACAAUACCAGUACUGUUACAACAUUCUGGGGCUAUAUCUAGAUUCAACAGACGUGUACGUCAACUGAACAGAACUCUAUCCGUGUAUAGUGUUAUACGCCAAUUGUAUAUAAAUGAGUACAUAUGUAUUGCUACACUAAAUAUGUUGAUUUUGAUUGAGUCCCUGCAUCUUAAAAGAAGGCUUUCAAAUAGUUGCUUCCUCUCUUCGUUGUUUCAGUGAUUAUCAUAAACAACACUCAUAUAGUGAUAUCCUUCACGUGUGGAUAUCAUUUUAUAUACAUGUACAGUACCAAAAACUUGUUCAUCUUAUUGAGCCGAACUAAGGUGAUGUAAACGUUCCCAACUACAAGAAUAUUAAUUGAAUACAACUCAAUAUUGAUUGUGUCAUGACAGUGGAACAACAUAUUUGUUUAAUUUAACAGAUUUGCGUUUCAACUGAUCAAAGACAAUGUGUAUUGGAUAUAAUCCUACUUGAAGUAAAGAGCGCGUAUCAUUCGUCUGAAUACAAAACACAAUGUGAACAAUUACUGUAUAUGCAUCAUUUUAUUGAGAAGGUGUUUCCUAUAUAACAUUAAUAGAAUAAUUCAUUUGACGGUUUACGCACAUGACUUUGAUUUUCAAUUUAGUAGUAUUGAAUGUCUGUUAUAUUGAUAGGGCAUUUAUAUGUAUCUGUGUUUUACUUUAGAAUUCCAUGUGACAUUGUAAAUAUUUGACAAUUCGAAUCCCUUUCUCAAGCCGCCCCCCCCAUCCACCCCCUCCCCAUCUAUCUCUUUUUCUCUCCCUGUAUUACAUAAUGAUGAUGAUGAUGAUGAUGAUGAUGAUGAUGAUGAUGUACAAGUCAUGAAGGUGUAAUAUAGAACGUACAGACUAUAUUUUUACAAAUCAACUGCAUUAAUCAGGCUCCAUUAACAGUAUAACUUAUAAACAUUUUAAAUGCUGAGUUAAGUGGAUACAAUAUUGACCUGUUUCGUUACAAAUUAACUACUGGCCUAACCAAAAACGAGCAUAAUGAGUAGACCAGAAGCGAGGCAAACAACAGUAAAUACGUAUCUUUUUCUAAUGCCCCGAAACAUAGUUAUUUGGUUCGAUUGUUAACACUGCAGGCUUUUGAUAUCUUGAAAUGAAACUUCUUAUUCGAGUUUACCUGAUGCAAACAUUAUGUUUUUCUUUGUACGUACUUAUUAAAAAAAAAGACUCUAUAGAAAUACUUUAAAAUACAAUGGAAAGAUAUUUUAUAUUUUGUACGCAACCGAGGAAAACUAUUUUCCUCCAUACCUCCCAUCGUCAAAUUAUUUAAUCCGCAUAUUACCUUAACAAGCCAAAAUAUUUUGUUCGAGUUGCUGCCCUUUUGAUACAAUGCGAUAAAAACCAACAAAGAUAUCGGUGACGAUGAGCAUUUUACACUUUAUACACUCAUCUGAGUAUAAUUAAAAACAAAUAUAUAUUGAUAUAAUAUUUAUGA